GUCAUGUGAAUUUGUCAACUCUAUUAUUUUUUGUUUUUUUCCUUUCCUCCAACAUGAAAAUUUUCUGAACCAGAAGUAUAGAUACGAAACAUUAGUAGAUAUUAGCUAGUGUUUAAUUAAAGGCAAAAAUGAUUUCAAGAAUAAGUAGUAUAAGGUCAGUAGCUGUGAGGGCCAGUAAUAUACGCUCAUUUUCUCAAUGUGCUAGAUUGUAUAAUGACGUUGACAAUGUUGAAAAAAGGAAUAUAUUACCUUCAAAUGAAUCUAUGAAAAGUAAAGAGCUUUGGUCAGGUUCUAGAGACAAUAAGAAUAAUGAUAUGAAUAUCACAAAACAAGUGGCUGGUAUAGCCAGAAAUAUUGAAGAAAACAAUCAACCUCCUUUAAAUAUUAGUCCAAUGUUUCAAUCAAGAUUUGAAUUUGGUCAAAGUUAUGAUCCAUUUGAUUUUUCUCAUGUUAAACAAGAAAUGACUAAACGUUCACAACAACAAAAUAGAAAAACUACUAGUAAUGUUGAUGGUGAUCCAUUUGAAAAAGCAGGAAUUGAUCCAUCUACCUUAUAUAUCUAUCCAGAAAUAUUAUCAAGAUACUUAACAACUACUGGACAAAUUUUACCAAGAAAUAUUACUGGAUGUAAUGCUAAAAAUCAAAGAAAAUUAUCAUACGCCAUAAAGACUGCUAGAUCUAUUGGUUUAUUAUCAUCAACUCAUAAACAUAGUGUGACUCUUCCUUCUAGAUUUUUGUAAUGAGAGAAUCUUUGUUUCAUAAUUUUUGCAUCUUAACUAUAUAUAUAUUAUUUAUAUACAAAAUAAAUAACACCUUGUAAAUAUAUUAGCUUCAACUAUUGUAAAUUAAGAAUUAACUUAAUUAAUGAUAAAUUAAAACUCUAACCACUUGUUAAUUCAAAUCUCACUUUCUAUAUAAGUGACAUGUUCUUACAAUAGUAAUGACC